CCAGUGCAGAGAGGCCCGCGCCCUGCCGCCCGAAGUCUAGCGUCGCUUUCAGGCGGGAAAGGUGUGAACAGGGGUGUGCUCGCCCAGGACCCCGCCGGUGUAACACAGUUUGGGAAAUCGGAGAAGUCGCCCAAGUCUUUUCCUCCAGCAAAUGCUCGUGGAUUGAGUGUCACGUAGAUAAGCGGAGUGUGGUUUUAUUGUAACAAUGAGCAUGUUGGAAAUAAAUGGGAGGUGGCAACCUGUUGACAGUGAUACCUGUCAGGUAUCACCCAGCGGGCUUGGGAUGCUUGUGGUAGGAAUCAGGCUUGCCGUUUUGCAUGCUUGCAUGUCCCUUGUUCCCCGGUGCACGACAGUCUAGUCUAAGGCUGUUGAUUGUGUGAGGCCAAUCGCUAGGUGAGGAUCCUCUGUUUCCAGUUCCCAGGCCGCGAGUGGAGUGACCCAAACCCACCGCUGGCCGUCACUCACCAGAGGGAGUGAAUGGCCAGUUGGGGUGCCAUCCGUGAGGUACAGGAUGUGAGGCCCCUUGGAGGAUGACAAAAGGAACCGAUGAGGUCAUACUCCUGCGGGUUGGGCGGGAGGCUGCAACGGGAGAGGUGUGACUGAACGGCAGGUUUGACCACAGCACUGGACCAUCACAGCCAGCCGGCGCAUUGAUGCCAGCCCAGCAAGUGGACUCCAAUGAAGGGUGCUGUCCAGGCGUGUGGGUUUUACUCCUGUGCCAGGGAUCCAAGGGAGCCUGCUGUGAGUUUGCUGCUGGCUCACAGUCCAGUUGGCAAGCGAGAUUUGCAUCCAUGUGUUCAGUCAGCCCAAGCAGUAGUGAGGCUGAUGACCUGAGAGCCACCCUUGGAGCCCUUUAUGGCCAGGCACUGUGUGGGGCACUUUCCCAGGGUGCUUCUGUAAUCUCACCCUGACCUUGGGGUAGGAAACGUGAAUCUGACUGGUUUGUCCCAUCUUGGCCUCUCUUGUAGCUGCCCUCCCCUCCUUGGUGAUCUCAUCCAGCUUCCUGGCUUUAAUGCCAUCUCUCCUUGACAUCUCCAUCUCCAGCCCUGGCCUCCUUUCUCAGCUGCUGCCUCUUCCACGUAUCCGUCUGUUACUUGGAUGCCAAACCAAACCCCGAUCUUCACCCACCCCAGAACACUCCUCAUGUUCCCUUUACCACCUCAGCACAUGACAGCUCUGUCCUUGAGUUUGAAGUCACCUGGAUUCCCCUCUUAGGCCUUCAUGGAACUCUCAGGACCAUUUCUCACCACCUCCAACUUAACGUUGGUCCGAGCCGCCUGGUGGAAGAAGAAAGGUGCCACUUUGGCCUGAAGACAGACUCGCUUAGUCGUCAGUCAUUUAAGCUGAGUGCAUUGUGAUUUCCAAUAAUUGAGGCAGUGGUUCUAAAAGCUGUCUACAUUAAUGAAAAGAGCAAUGUGGCCAGCUUGACUAAGCCGCCAGCGUGUGCAGCGCGUGCAGGACGGCACCCGGGUCUCGACGGACUUGUGCAUGUUAGCUGUAUAGAUUUAUGUGAGGUCUUUUAAAACUCUGGUCUUUUAAAAUAGUCUUAACCACUUUUACUAUGGAGACAUAUGAGAGUCCCUCUCCUCUCCCGCGUGAGCCCGCAGGAGAAGUGGUGAUGGAGAACCGAGCUUGCCCCCUCCAAGCGCUGCCCCGUGAACAGUCUCCACCACCUCCCCUGCAAACGUCCAGUGAUGCAGAGGUAAUGGACGUUGGCUCUGGUGGUGAUGGACAGGCCGAACCCCCUGCUGAGGACCCGCUCAACUUCUACGGAGCUUCUCUUCUCUCCAAAGGAUCCUUCUCUAAGGCCCGCCUCCUCAUAGACCCGAACUGUAGUGGCCACAGCCCACGCACCGCCCGGCACGCACCUGCGGUCCGGAAGUUCUCCCCUGACCUUAAGUUGCUUAAGGAUGUAAAGAUUAGCGUGAGCUUUACCGAGAGCUGCAGGAGUAAGGACAGGAAGGUGCUGUACACGGGAGUGGAGCGCGAUGCUCGCGCCGAGUGCGGUCGGGCCCUUAGCCCUGUCAGUGGAGACGUGCAUGCUUGUCCCUUUGGCGGGAGUGUUGGUAACGGGGUCAGCGUAGGGGGUGAGAGUGCUGAUAAGAAGGAUGAGGAGAAUGAGCUGGAGCAGGAAAAGAGAGUGGAGUAUGCAGUGCUCGAUGAGUUAGAAGAUUUUACUGACAAUUUGGAGCUAGAUGAAGAAGGAGCAGGCGGGUUCACGGCUAAAGCCAUCGUGCAGAGAGACAGAGUGGAUGAAGAGGCCUUGAAUUUCUCCUACGAGGAUGAUUUUGACAACGAUGUUGAUGCUCUGCUGGAAGAGGGCCUUUGUGCUCCCAAAAAGAGGCGAAUGGAGGAGAAAUAUGGAGGAGACAGCGACCAUCCAUCUGACGGAGAGACAAGCGUGCAGCCAAUGAUGACCAAGAUUAAAACAGUACUCAAAAGUCGUGGCCGCCCACCUACGGAACCGUUGCCUGAUGGGUGGAUCAUGACAUUCCAUAACUCCGGAGUCCCCGUGUACCUACACAGAGAGUCUCGGGUGGUCACCUGGUCCAGGCCGUACUUCUUGGGAACGGGAAGCAUACGGAAACAUGACCCUCCUCUGAGUAGCAUCCCCUGUCUGCAUUACAAGAAAAUGAAGGACAAUGAGGAAAGAGAGCAAAACAGUGAGCUCGCCCCCAGUGGGGAGGUGUCCCCUGUCAAGCCCCUGAGCCGGUCUGCGGAGCUGGAGUUCCCCCUGGAAGAGCCCAACUCCAUGGGGGCCGACUCGGGGCCCCCAGAUGAGAAGGACCCACUAGGGGCUGAGGCUGCCCCUGGGGCGCUGGGGCAGGUGAAGGCCAAAGUCGAGGUGUGCAAAGACGAAUCGGUUGAUCUUGAGGAAUUUCGGAACUACCUGGAGAAACGUUUUGACUUUGAACAAGUUACUGUGAAGAAAUUCAGGACUUGGGCUGAGCGGCGACAGUUCAACCGAGAAAUGAAACGGAAACAGGCUGAGUCCGAGAGGCCCAUCCUGCCAGCCAAUCAAAAGCUCAUCACUCUGUCUGUGCAAGAUGCACCCACAAAGAAAGAGUUUGUCAUUAACCCCAACGGGAAAUCGGAGGUCUGCAUCCUGCACGAGUAUAUGCAGCGUGUCCUCAAGGUCCGCCCCGUUUAUAAUUUCUUUGAAUGUGAGAACCCAAGUGAGCCUUUUGGUGCCUCGGUGACCAUUGAUGGUGUGACCUAUGGAUCUGGAACUGCAAGCAGCAAAAAACUUGCGAAGAAUAAAGCUGCCCGAGCUACGCUGGAAAUCCUCAUCCCUGACUUUGUUAAACAGACCUCUGAGGAGAAGCCCAAAGACAGUGAAGAGCUCGAGUAUUUUAACCACAUCAGUAUCGAGGACUCGCGGGUCUACGAGCUGACCAGCAAGGCCGGACUGUUGUCUCCCUAUCAGAUCCUCCACGAGUGCCUUAAAAGAAACCAUGGAAUGGGUGACACAUCCAUCAAGUUUGAAGUGGUUCCUGGUAAAAACCAGAAGAGUGAAUAUGUCAUGGCGUGCGGCAAGCACACAGUGCGCGGCUGGUGUAAGAAUAAGAGAGUCGGAAAACAGUUAGCAUCUCAGAAAAUCCUUCAGCUGCUGCACCCACAUGUCAAGAACUGGGGGUCUUUACUGCGCAUGUAUGGCCGUGAAAGCAGCAAGAUGGUCAAACAGGAGACCUCAGACAAGAGCGUGAUUGAGCUGCAGCAAUAUGCCAAGAAGAACAAGCCGAACCUGCACAUCCUGAGCAAGCUGCAGGAGGAGAUGAAGAGGCUGGCGGAGGAGAGGGAGGAGACACGGAAGAAGCCCAAGAUGUCUAUUGUAGCGUCUGCCCAGCCUGGUGGCGAGCCCCUGUGCACUGUGGAUGUGUGAGGGAGGCAGCGGGGCCUGGUGCAGGGGGCCGCCACUCCGCUGCUGAAGAGACCACACGCCACUCACUCUGCAGCCUCAGGCCUCCCUCCAAUCUGAGUUCCUCCCCUGUGGCCAGGCGUCUUGAGCACCGGAGCCAGAGGGGUGGGGCUCUGGUGCACGGGGACAGCCAGGACCACAGCUCUUCUUUGGGGGCCGCCGACAGGUCUAAGUGGACAGGUUCAAAGAUCGACUCAGCCUGCCCUCACAGGUGGAAGCCAAGAGCUUGGAGACAGCUGUGGACCUCUGCUUGUACAGAUUUGCUGCAGACGGGUUUUAUGAAGGUUUUCAUGAAUUUUAGUACAUAAUACGCACUGACAAGAAAUGAGAGUUGGAUGACAGAUGGAAUAAGAAAGUGACCCCCGAGUCCUGUGCCCAGGGCUCCUGUGGGCCACUGCCUGAGGGGCCUGGUCAGAAGGCGCACGCUGCCACCCCAACCCCUUCUCUGCUUCCUGUGUUUCCCCUUUCUCUCUGAAAAAGAAUGGGAAGGAGUGUUUCAGACCUUUUUCAUUGAAAACAAACACAAUUUUAGCAUCAGAACUAUUUUUCAGAGAGUGCAGGCAAACCAUCAAAAUGAUGGUUCUUCAGCCUUGAAACGUGUUGCCAGCGUAUGAAGUCUGCCAGUCUCCGCCUGGCUUGUUGCCCUGGCCCGGGCAGGGUGUGGUCCAUUUUUCUGAGUAAGUCUUAAUGCCCUAAAAGCACGCCUUCUUAGACACUGAGGCCCCUCACCUUCGCUGGCCUCUGGUAACUUUUUACUAAAGAUUUUUGCACAGUUAAGUCCAUCUGUCCACUCAUCAAUUUUUAAAGCUUUUAUGAUAUUUUAGCAUUUGGAAAGAAACUUUUACAGUGAGAGUAGAAGAUAGAUUUGGAAUCAUGUAGCAGAUAUAAACAAUUAAUGCAUUUUAGCACGUAGACUUAUUUAAAAACAGGAAACAAGGACCUUCCAUGCAAUCCCUUCUUGAUCACAAACUGGCGCUCCUCUUCAGAGCAGGCGCAAGCACAGGGAGGGCGGCGGUCCUGCUCCUUGUGACGAUGGCUUCGCUGGAUUUCAAGGGCAGCCGCGCUGCACAGCCAGGCCUAGUGACCAGCUUGCUCCUCUGACCAGCAGUCUGUGUUCUCCAGAUGGCCUCUGUGGACAGGUGCAGGGGUAGAUGUGUCCCCUGCCCUGAGUCCCAGAGGAUAUGGUUGUGCCCUGGGUGUCCCCCACAUGCAAGGUAGUGGUGAGCCAUUGGCUUCCUGUCCCCAGCGCCUGUUCAUACUGCCAUGUCUUCACAGCACACUGCUGGAUGCAGGAGCCCAGCACUGGGCUGUAUUGUCACGUUCCACAGGGGUACCUGCCCCCACCACAUCCCCUGUGGCUGGGGUUGAUGGCAUGUUUUCAGGAAGACAGUGUUGGCCUUGUGGGUCACCCACAGUGUAUCCUUCCCUCACCACCUAUGUGACCAAGGUUGGUUUCUGUGUCGACCUUUAUAAAACAAGACCCUCAAAUCAAGUUGCUGUAAUGAGACACCUGCUUCUGUCUUGCCUCCUGUUUGCAGCUGUGAAUAAUCAUUUGACUCAGACUGCCCUUAAAACAGCCAGAUGUGCCAUCGUGAACCAAAGCUUUGUGCACACGUGUUACUAGAGGCAGGUGAGCCUCGCUGCGGCCUCCUGUGUCCUGUCUUCCUCUGUCCUGA